AUGCUCUUUAACCUUAGAGCCCGGGUUAAUUUUCGAAACAUCGGAGAUUUAACUACGAACGGUAUUCAGAAAAUCCAACCUCAAAUUCGUCAAAUAUCUUCAGACAUUCAGCAUUCUAGAGAUAGGAUAAAGGAAAAACUUGCGGCAAUAGAAAGACAACGUCCUUUCAGUAAAUUUCUAACGGACCGAUUCGAUAGGCAUCACACUUAUCUCAGGAUAUCAUUGACCGAAAAGUGCAAUUUAAGAUGUACUUAUUGCAUGCCAGCUGAAGGAGUUGAUCUGACCCCUUCACACAAACUCCUGUCUUUUGAAGAAAUUAUACGAAUCGCAAGGCUAUUUGUAUCUCAGGGAGUUAAUAAGAUUAGAUUGACCGGUGGGGAACCUACGGUGAGGAGUGACAUUAUUAAUUUAGUUGGUGAAUUGGGGAAACUAAAGUCACAAGGUCUUCAAACGUUAGCAAUUACAUCCAAUGGUAUUGCCCUAAAACGAAAAUUGCCAAGACUUGCGGAGAACGGCUUAAGUUCAUUGAAUAUUAGCCUGGACACUUUGGAUCCCUUUAAAUUUGAGUUAAUUACGCGCCGUAAAGGUACAUUGGACGAGAUAAUUCUUAGGCAUACUGAUUCUCGUUUACUUAUUCGCCAGAACAUUUCAGGUUUCGAACGUGUGAUGGAAUCUAUUGAGCAAGCUAUCUCUUUGGGUAUCAAACCAGUGAAAGUCAAUUGCGUGGUGAUGAGAGGGGUGAAUGAUCAAGAGGUAGUAGAUUUUGUGGAAUUAACGCGUACCAUGGCGAUUGAUGUGCGAUUUAUAGAGUAUAUGCCUUUUGAUGGUAACAAAUGGAAUGAAAAGAAGUUUGUUCCGUACAAGGAACUUUUGGACAAUAUUCGUAAUAAGUACCAUAAUGUCACGAAACUUUUCGAUGAUUCCAACGAUACCUCAAAGGCCUAUCACAUACCAGAAUUUGUAGGUCGAUUUGGAUUUAUUACAUCGAUGUCCGAUCAUUUUUGCGGAAGUUGCAAUAGACUCAGGAUUACAGCAGAUGGAAAUUUGAAGGUAUGUUUAUUCGGUAACGCUGAGGUCAAUCUGCGUGACCUGCUACGAGAAAACAUUCCCGAUCAACAAUUACUGGACAUAAUCGGAGCAGCGGUCAAAAACAAAAAGAAACAGCACGCAGGCUCUCAUAUGUACCAUAGACCUCUUGUCUUCAACCAAUUAAUCUCAUCGCCCUUCGGUUAUACUCAUGCUUCCUAUUCCAAAAAAUCUGGUUCUUCUGACACUAUGCGACCACCCGAUACAAAUACCACCAAUUCUCCUACCCUCUCACAUGUCGACUCUUCGAGCGGGCGUGCAUCAAUGGUAAAUGUAUCGAAAAAACCCUCGACCAUCCGUACAGCAACGGCAUGCGGAAAGAUUCGGAUCGGUCGCGAAGCAUUUAACCUUGUUCUUGCAAAUUCGCUGAAGAAGGGUGAUGUGUUAACUGUCUCCCAGAUCGCUGGGAUCAAUGCUGCUAAACACACAGGAUACCUUAUUCCCCUUUGUCAUCCUCUUUUGCUUUCUCACGUAUCGGUUGAUUUGAGGAUGGAGGAACGAGAUUAUUCUGUUGAAAUAACGGCGAAAGUUGAAUGCGAGGGUAAAACUGGUGUUGAAAUGGAGGCGUUGACCGCGGUUAGCGUAUCAGCGUUAACCAUCUUUGAUAUGUGUAAAUCCGUUGAUAAAAAUAUGGUAAUUGAUAAUUUGAGAGUGAUUCAUAAAACCGGCGGAAAGAGUGGCGAGUGGAGUUCCUCGGGAAAGCUAGAACAAUAG